CCUCGCCAGUCAGUCCGCCGCCCCAGACCCGAUCCCCGCCCCCCUGCGCGCCUUGAAAUGGGGCCAGCUGAACUUCCUUCACACCACCGACACCCAUGGCUGGCUGGCCGGCCAUCUGCAGGAGUACGACCGUGAAGCUCUUCUGGCCUUCUUUCCCCUGGUUCCGUGCUGAUCCACUCCCGCCUACAGACCAUCCUACGCCGCAGACUGGGGUGACUAUGUCUCCUUCGCCACCCGCAUGCGGGAGAAGGCGAAGGCCCAGGGCGUGGAUCUGCUGGUGAUCGAUACGGGCGAUCGAGUAGAAGGCAACGGUCUCUACGACUCCUCCGAGCCGAAAGGUGUUUACAUCUCGGACAUUCUACGUCAACAGCAGGUCGACCUCAUGACUGCCGGAAACCACGAGUUGUACAAGCGGAAUACCUCCGAGGCCGAGUUCUUCACCACGGUCGUCAACUUUCAUGGGAACUACCUGGCAUCGAACAUCGACAUCUUGCAUCCUGUGACUGGCGAUCUCGUGCCACUGGCUCCCCGCUUCAAGAAAUUCACUACCGAGAACCAGCGCAUCAGCAUCGUUGCCUUUGGCUUCCUAUUUGACUUCACCAAGAACGAUAACAAUACCGUGGUUUAUCCCGUGCACCAGACCGUCAAGGAGGAUUGGUUUCAGGAGGCCAUCCGGGAUCCCGACGUUGAUCUCUUCCUCGUGACAGGCCAUGUGCCCGUUCACUCGCAAGAAUACAGAACCAUCUUCAAGGCGAUUAGAUCUGUGCGUUGGGACACGCCGAUCCAAUUCUUCGGAGGCCAUUAUCAUAUUCGUGAUUUUGCACGGUAUGACUCGAGAGCCUAUGGCCUGGCAAGUGGGCGUUUUAUGGAAACCAUCGGGUUCAUGUCCAUAGACGGUCUGUCUGCCAAUAAGCAACAGGAGACGUCGGUCUUGAGCACUCCCAGCUUUCAGCGACGAUAUAUUGAUAACAAUCUUUUCUCCUUUCUUUAUCACACCGACCUCGAUAGUGAAUCCUUCCACACGGAUCUUGGCCAGAAUGUCUCGCGGUUGAUUCAAGAGUCCAGAAGUGCACUGCAGCUGGACGAGGUGCAUGGGUGUUCCCCUCGUGAUCUAUGGAUGUCCCGGGUCAAAUAUCCGAGCGAGGAGAAUAUCUACACUUGGCUUGAAACGCAAGUUCUUCCCCAGUCUUUGAGGGACGAAUCUCGUGCGGGAAAGCCAGCCCUCGCUAUUGUCAACACCGGCGCCAUACGCUUUGAUAUAUUCAAGGGUCCCUUUACCCAGGACACCACCUUUAUAGUUUCCCCGUUCACCAGUGGUUUCCGAUACGUGAAAGAUGUUCCCUAUGAAAAAGCCAAACUUGUUCUCGAGGUCCUGAACAAGCAACCGCAGAUAUUCAUUGAUUUCGCUGAUCAAACCAAUCUAACAUGGUCUCUUGCCCCGCCCGAACGAUCGGCAUAUAGUGCUGAUGUGGUGGUCAAUGAUGAGAAGCUCCUCCCAUACAGCGCACUGACAGAUCAAGUCUCUGCGUUGGGUGGCGCCGGGUCCAAGCCUAAGAUCCUGCCUGGAUAUACCACCACUGACGACGGAGGUACAGACGGCGACGACACCAUCCACUCCCCCAUCCCCUUUUAUCGUAUGCCAAACUGCAUCCAGGCCCAUGUAUCACUGAACGCCUCGUCCACCCCGGAUCAUGUGGAUCUUGUAUACAUUGAUUUUAUAGAGUCCUAUGUGGCUUUGGCAGCCAAAUUCGCAGACAUUGAUGCUGAUUUUUCGCGCGACAGCGAUGUGUAUAUGCCACCCAUGACACUGACAAGCCUUAUUUUGAAAUGGGUGAAAGAGAACUGGAGUUGUGCUGGCCUGUGAUGCUAUGUGUGCGCCCCCCUGUUCUUGCUCAGCGUGAUCGAUGGGUUAUUGCUACGGGAUACCCGAGAACGACUAGAACGAUAGAUUGAGUGUAGUACAGCAAUAUACAAACGUUAUGAUCACCU